CUCCCGUUAUGUAGGAGUCAGUAAGUCUUCUUGGUCUCACCUGCAGCUGGUUCAAAAUGCAGCAGUGAGACUCCUCACUGACUACCAAGAAGAGAGACAGCAUCUCCCUGAUACUGGCCUCCCUCUACUGGUGACAAGUGAAACAUAAAUAGAUUUUAAAAUUAUUUGUUUUUAAAGCUUCUAGUGCAGUCCCCCUUCUCUACUACAACUUUAUUGUAGUUUGAAUCAUUGCAGCUCUAAAACCUUGCAUGGCAGAUGGACUCGGACCAUGCAGUGGAAAGAGAGACUGAUGGUGAAGGAAGGAGAGCAGAGCUGUGUGUUUGUUUGUUUGGAGGAGGGAGUCCAUCAUUUACAGGACUGAGAAGUUUCUGGUUUGCCAGUGAAGAAGAGAGGCCGAAUUAAACCAUCGGAGCCUCAACAUGAAAGUCUGCCACGCUUUGAUCUGCUUCUUCUUCCUCAGUCAACUCAGACCUGCAGUAGAAAGAGAAACUGAUGGUGAGGAGAGCAGAGCUGUGUGUGUGUGUGUGUGUGUGUGUGUGUGUGUGUGUGUGUGUGUGUGUGUGUGUGUGUGUGUGUGUGUGUGUGUGUGUGUGUGUGUGUGUUUGGGGGAGGGACUCCAUCAUGUAAAGAAGUGAGAAGUUCCUGGUUUGCCAGUGAAGAAGGAAGAGAGGCUGAAUUAAACCAUCAGAGCCUCAACAUGAAAGUUCGUCACACUUUGAUCUGCUUCUUCUUCCUCACACUGCAGGAUGGAAACAUUGGUCUCAUCAAUGCAAAAAUCCCCAUUUUAACAAGAACUGAAGGACAAAGUAUCACAUUUCAAUGUCCCUUUACCAGGACUGGAGAAAGGAAGUACUUCUGUAAGGACGAAUGUGAAGAACACAUUCUUGACAUGAAUGGUGUCAGCGCUCAAAGAGAUAGAUACAGCAUGAAAUAUAAAAAAACACCUGGGGGAAGUCGUCUGGAUGUGACCAUCACACAGCUGACCAAAUCUGACUCUGGACGUUACGGGUGUGGUUUGGACAUACGUCUCUGGCCUGAUCAAUACAGGGAGUUUAAGAUCAACGUCAAAGAUGCACCAUCCACUUCAAAACCAAACUUAACUCUCAGACCUUCUUUAACAUCAAUUCAAUCAGCCUCCACACCAACAACAACACAGAGUUUCAGAAGGAGCUCCACUGAAACCACCGAAGAGGAGCAAACUGAGACACCAGCUGGACGUUCAGAUGUGCUGCUGUACGUGGGUCUGACUCUGGUCGUCAUGCUGCUCCUGUUCUCCGUGGCUGUGCUGAUGUACUGCAAGAAAAGAGCCUCUAAACCCAAAGAACAUCCUGUGGAAACAGAAUAUGCUGAUGUCACACGGGCCAACCGAGUGUACGAGGAGACCAGAGAGGAGGGCAGACAGAGCAGAUCUCCUCCUGUGGAAAUCUCUUCAACUUACUCUGCCAAAUUCACCAAACCAAAUGGAGUCCAAACUUCAGAUGACUACAGCUUUGUCACUGCCACAGCAUCCCGUCCUCUGAACAAAACUGAAGACAACUCGAGUGAACUCGUCUACACUCAGGUAGAUCUUUCCAGCGGUGCUGCCUCCUCACACAGAAGCGCCCCCCGUGAUCAUGCUGAUAAUGUUAUCUACUCUGCACCUCGCAUACACACUGAAGCACAAACUGAUGCCAAAGAUGUUUCAGAGUCUUUGUACUCCAAUGUUAAUUUCUCUCAGCAGUAGUGACACCCUGUUUACUCCCUCAGUGACCAACAGGUGAACAG